AUGGAAAACGAAGCCAGCGGUUUGACAGACUCCUUCGUGGCCAGACACACUAUAGACCCUAUCUUACGCUCGGAUCUGCUUUCUCGUAAUCAAAAUGGCUCACGCCCUGACCAAGGCACAUGGAUGGGGGCAGAGAUUGCUGGGUCAAACAACAUUGCUAUCGACUCGUCUGCAGCUGGUUCGUAUUCGAGGAACAUAAGACCUUGCAAUGUUGAGUCUUUAGAGUCCACGAACAACAGUCCUUUUGCGUUGGUGCAAGGAGUAGCCAGAGCAACGGUCCAAAUGAACAGGGGAAUGCGGUUUAGAGAACAGCGUGAAUUGGAGCGGGAACAACUUCAAAGGGACCAGGAAAGAAGGGAAAGAGAGAUUAGAAUGAGGCAAAAUAGAGAAGUGAUAGAAAGGGAGAGAAGGGAAAUGAGAAGAUCUAGUGGAUGGAGAGAAUGGCAAGAGGCAAUUCCUGGGCCUUGGUGCUCAUGCCACCUUGAAGAGUUUGUAGGAGACACCAUAUGCAGAAGAUGUGACAGACAGAGAUACUUAGAAAGAAACAGUGUUGUUACCAAUGCAAUAGAAAAUUUGGAUCAACGUUUUGGUCGAUCUGGUGACUCAGUGACGAACAGAAGCUAUGGCAGCUCUUUGCUUGAAUUGGAACAACGCGUGGAAGAAGCGUGCGCUUUGGUGGAAAGAGUGUUGAGGGAGAGAGAAAGUGCAGAGUUUGGCCGGGAAAUUGAAAGAAAAGAGCAUGAAAUACGAACAGAAAGAGCACGGAAGAAGAGAGGAAGGGAGGCAAGACAGCUCCCCGGAGUUAGCAUGUGGCCUCAGCAGCCAUUUCAUGCACUUCUGUGUAACUUUAGCGAGCAGUGUGAGGAGAAUCUAAGAGGCGAAGGUUCUGGAAGACAGAGAAUUGUAAUGGAUCACCCUCUGAAUCACGACAUCUCCAAAUGUGAUGUUUGUCUGAACAAACGGCUUCAAGGAAAACCCAAAUGCAUUCCACAGUCGGGACAAGAUGAAUGUUGCAUCUGUUUGGAGGACGCCCUCAGUGGUUAUCAGAUCCUGCCAUGCUCACACAGGGUUCACAGAGAGUGUGCUAUUGCAAUGAUACAGAAUGGCGUCCGCUGCUGCCCCAUUUGCCGUCAUCAACAUCUUGGUCUGACGUAAUGCACCAGGCACACAGAAUGGAUAUUGUUUUGAAAUGACAAUCGAUUAUCUCAUUUAUGGUUUCAAAACUUAAAAGUUUUGAAACUUUUUAAAAGCUUAAGUAGAGUGUCUCAAUGGGAAUAACCAUUUGUCGCAAAAGGGCCAAAGCAUUUAGCUAUUCGGUGUAAACAUUUUGAAAUGUGUCAAAAUCUUAGACUGUUUAGUGUCUUAUCUGCUAACGCAGUAACGAAGUUACACAAUCUAUUCUAGUAUCAGUAACAGAGAUAGUUGGCUCCCGUCUCGCUGAGUUGCAUUCUGCGAACCGGAAGUGUCAGCU